UGGUUUGUUUAUGGUCAAGCCAUAACAAAACGAAUCGGAGUUUAAAACCUUAGUGUUGAUCGCUAAGGAGAAACGAUAAAUGUGACAUCUAAAACGAGAAAGAACGCUCGCAGAUUAUAAUCAAGAAAGGGCGAAAUGAAGGCUACCCGUUGUUCCUUCUUUGCGAAAGUGCCAUUUAAAAAAUAUCCAUAAUGCCAACUUUGCGCGAAUCAGGGCCGAACAUUUCAGUUCUCAAUCUACCACCCGUUUUCAACAAGAGACUUUUCAAAGCACAAGCUGGAAUUGUACUUACAGACGAUACAUUGGAAAUCUUACAGCGACGUUCCACCGCUCGACGAUCGGCCGAGGAACUACAUGUCAUAAAACCAGUUGUCGCGGCGCUGAAAGAAAUUCACAAAGGUCUUCAAUUUAUUAAGGAAGCACUCUGCCAUGUUGUUACGUACCAAAAAAUUGAGGCUGGUGUUGAAAUUAGUAAGCAACAAGGAGAGAGUUGUCUUUCGUGUUACUAUAUUUUGAGCGGAUCAGUGGAAGCUAAAUAUGAUAUUAACAACGGCUCAUCUGGUGAUCCUGCGGCGGCUGAAAAGUCUUAUGACUGUGAGAUAACCUAUACGCACGUGGCUGGUGAAUAUCUUGGUCUUGUGUCGGGAGAUGGAAGAGAGUUUGAUCUUCCUCCGCCAGACAGUAUACGAAGCGUGGAAGUCACUGAAUUCUUGCGAGUCGACCGUGACCGAUUUCACAGCUCCGUUAAGCGAGUUCAGAAUCGCUAUGUUCAAGAAAUUGAUAUGUUUAUUGAGGAAGUCGCCGCUUUGAAAGCUCUGCCUUCGGAGGAGAAGAGGAAAUUAGUUGGUUUGAUGGCAAGGCAGGAAUAUUCCGCUGGAAAAGUCAUUGUCAACCAAGGGGAUCUCCCAGAGCAUCUCUUUUUUGUUGCAAAAGGGAGAUGUCAGUACUACAGGAGUAUUUUUAUUGAUGAAGUUAAUCGUGGAGAAAUAGUCAAACUUGGACAAAUAGAAAAGGGUGAAUUUUUCGGUGAAUCCACCAUUCUGGAUUCCAGUCCUUGUUUCUGCAGUGUUGUAAGCAUUGGUAAUGUCACUUGUUUCCUGGUCAACAAGUGGGCGUUGAAGACGAACGAGAGUAUUAUCCAAAUGCUUCGUCAAAAUCGCCGCUGUUUCUUCAAUGACGACGACAUUAUGCAUUACAUCCGGGAUAGUGAUAUCUGGCAGAGCUUCAAGCGGUGCACAAUCACCAGUCUGCUAGAAAUGGCGGGAAAAUAUCAAGCCACAAUUGACAGGAGUGAGAUGACACCAAUUCUUUCUCGAGCUGUGGAAUAUGGAGAUGCUAAAAGGCAUUAUUUGAGAAAGCCAAAUCACGACGACGAAGUACCCGGAGCCCCAAAGAAAGCUGAGCAGCUUUUCGUGCCUCCUCGGUCAAGGCGACGAUCAUCUGCCAUCUUGACAAGCAGUGCUGCAGCAGUUGUUAAAGCCGUUUUAUUGUUGAGAAGGAAUUCCAAGAAUGACACUGAAAGCAAAACUAAUUUUCACUUUCCAGCCAAAAGAGCAUUUGGAGACUUUAACAGGCCCACGUUAGAAAUGUCUAAACCAAGAAGUGCACCGGCGAGAGAUCGUAUGUCAAGAUCACCAACAUUGGGUCGUAGAACAAAGAAUGUCAGAACACAACUAAGAAAUGUCGCAGUACGUCCGCAUACUAAAGGCUCUUUGUUUUCUUCUGCGAAUGAAACAUCCCUUUAUGCUGAGCUAAAGACUACAAAGAAUAGUAGUACUUCAGGGAAGACAGGAAACGAAAAAAAGAAACACAAAGUGGGAAAAAGAGACAAGAAAAACAGGAAAGUAAAGUAUGAAUCCAAAGAAGAUAACAAUGGGAAAGGGCCUGUUGUUGAGGGCAGAAGAACGAACAAUCCAAACGUUUUGCCCUCUGUUCCCAUUGAAAAACCAGCCGUUCAAAAACCGAAUGUGGUUGUGAAAGAAAUCAUAAACACAGGAAUUCCGGGACGCCGUUUCUCUCCAAAAAGUUAUCGAAGAUUUGAGAGAAGUCUUUUUGAUGUUUUGGAUGACUCACCCAACUAUGACCAGAGUUCGUCAGAUGAAGAAUCUGUUUCUCUUAGAAGUCCAGUUUUGAGUCCAUGGAAUGUUUCAUUUGCUGCUAGUAAAUGGAUGAGUAAUAUUCGUCAGCGAAGGAAGAGUUCACCAUCUUCAGGAGUGACUGAGGAAACAGGCCAGCCGCCGAUUAUAGUCAUUGAGGAUUGGUCACCAAAUGAGGCCCUCGGUGAAAAAGCAAGUGAUAAAACGGACUGUGGUCAGAUGGCAACGAACAGAAUAAAGUCACCAACGAAAAAGACGAGUCGUACCCCAACACCUGUGCUUGAUAACGUCACAGAGGAAAGUGAGGAAGAUGUUAAGAAAUAUGAGAAUGAACCUCUGCCUUCUCAAAGAUGGUACACUCCAAUUCACGAGGCACGUGACGCUUGCAAACAGCAAUUAAUUGAUUUCAAGAAGGAGAUUGACAAUUUGGAAGAACAGCGGAAGAGGUUAAAACGACUUCAGAAAAAGACAACAGAGGUGGAAGAGGAAGAAGAAAACAGCGACGAAGGUGUUAAGAAAGAUACAGAGGACACGAAGACAAACGAGACCCCAGAUAAAAACUCUUCAGGGGUGGCACCUCGACCAGCCACAGGGAACUACCGCCACUUACGAAAACAAGUUUCCCUUAGCUCUGGUGUCGCUCAUGCUGCUGUCGGAAGGCGUCGUGCAAGGACAUUUACAGAGGAACAUCAGCGAAGUGGAGACCAGCUUCGAAGAACCCAGUCCCUCAGCCGUUUUCGCCUGAUAAGCGUUUCUGCGCCAAAUACCGCGUCAACAUCCCAAACACUCGCAGCGACCCACCUGUCACAGGGCCAAGACUCAGAGACUCAACAAUGGCAAAUACAACAAGCUCGUGCGAGAUCAAGCAGGAUUGAGAAACGAAACCAGCUAUUGCGAAGAAAGGUGGAAAGCCAAGAGAAAAACGUGAAAAUGAAGAGACAUUAUCGAUAAUAAUUAAAUCCGAAUAAAUUAUAAA